CAUCGCUCCAGGGAAGGACCACGAAGCAAACAACCUGCUUUUCAUUGUGUGAUCACAUCACUCCAGGGAACAACCAGCAAGUUAAAAAAACUACGUAUAUUCAUUGUGUGAUCACAUCGCUCCAGGGAAGGAGACCACGAAGGAAGGACCACCAUCAUCACCAACAACAUGAGAGUUUUCCAGAGCGGUAUUCUACUCCUCGUCUCCCUACUCUUUCUCAUUAACUACGGUGAAGCCCUACAAUGCUAUACCUGCAUGGGUUCUAGUGAUGAAGACUGCAAUCGCCAAGGCUCAAAAACCUGUCCAAGCUACUCUGACGCCUGCGCUGUAGUACGAGGACAUGGAAGUGAGUUAAACAGCGGAGUGAUGAAGUCCUGCUCCUACAAGUCUUUCUGUAGCCAGGCCAACAGUCAGGGUUACCGGUCACCAGGGGUCAGAGUUCACUGCUGUUUCUCUGAUGACUGCAACGUGACAGGAAAUGUAUCCAAGCUGGAAGGAAGUCUCAGCUACCUGUUGCUCCUCCUUCCCCUGCUCCUCCACUGGAUCUAAAACUAAACAUGUAACCAUAACCCAACACAAACCAACAGCAAUGCCAACUACACCACCUACCUUCCUUCCUUACCCUACUCUACCCGACUUUAACCCCAACUCUCCAAGCCUCAGCUACCAUCCCCACUAUUGUAAAGUGGUUGUUCCACUGGAUAUCAUAAGGUGAAUCCACCAAUUCGUAAGUCGCUCUGGAUAAGAGCGUCUGCUAAAUGACUUAAAUGUAAAAAAAUGUAAAUGUCUUGCUAUGGCCGACUACGCCAUCUAACUCUAUCUAAAGUAUCUAAAGUAACACACACUAAAAUAACCUUUGAUAUCACUAUAUAUCCAACCCAGAACAAACCCAACCCAGAACAAACCCAACCCAGAACAAACCCAACCCUGAACAAACCCUAACCGAGAACAAACCCAACC